AUGGCGCAACUCGACACCCUCGAUUUGGUAGUCUUGGCGGUGCUCUUGGUGGGUAGCGUUGCCUACUUCACCAAGGGGACUUACUGGGCUGUUGCCAAAGACCCUUAUGCCUCGUCCGGUCCCGCCCUAAAUGGUGCCGCCAAAGCCGGCAAAUCCAGGAAUAUUAUCGAGAAAUUGGAAGAAACAGGCAAGAAUUGUGUCAUUUUCUAUGGAUCGCAGACUGGAACCGCAGAGGACUAUGCCUCUCGAUUGGCAAAGGAAGGAUCUCAGCGAUUUGGCCUCAAGACCAUGGUCGCUGAUCUUGAGGAUUAUGACUAUGAGAAUCUGGACCAGUUCCCUGAAGACAAGGUUGCGUUUUUCGUUUUGGCCACGUACGGCGAAGGUGAACCCACCGACAACGCUGUUGAGUUCUAUCAGUUCCUCACCGGUGAGGAUGUCGCUUUCGAGAGUGGCGCUUCCGCCGAAGACAAGCCGCUGUCAUCCCUCAAGUAUGUCGCUUUUGGUCUGGGUAACAACACCUACGAACACUACAAUUCAAUGGUCCGCAACGUGGAUGCCGCUUUCCAGAAGCUCGGUGCUCAGCGAAUCGGUGCCGCUGGUGAAGGUGACGACGGCGCUGGUACUAUGGAAGAAGACUUUUUGGCCUGGAAAGAGCCCAUGUGGGCGGCACUGUCUGAAGCAAUUGGUCUAGAGGAGCGGGAGGCCGAGUACGAGCCCGUCUUCUCCGUCACCGAAGAUGAGUCCCUGAGCCCUGAGGAUGAGACUGUCUACCUUGGCGAAGCCACCAAGGGUCAUCUUGAAGGUACUCCCAAAGGCCCGUUCUCUGCCCACAACCCUUACAUCGCCCCCAUCGUCGAGUCCCGCGAGCUUUUCACCGUCAAGGACCGUAAUUGUCUGCACAUGGAGAUUAGCAUUGCUGGAAGCAACUUGUCGUAUCAAACCGGUGAUCACAUUGCCAUUUGGCCCACCAACGCUGGUGCGGAAGUCGAUCGGUUCCUUCAAGUCUUCGGCCUCGAAGGAAAGCGCCACACCGUCAUUAACAUCAAGGGUAUUGAUGUGACCGCAAAGUUGCCGAUCCCCACACCUACCACGUACGAUGCCGCCGUUCGGUAUUAUUUGGAAGCCUGUGCCCCUGUAUCUCGUCAGUUCGUCUCUUCCCUGGCCGCUUUUGCUCCCGAUGAGGAGAGCAAGGCGGAAAUUGUCCGUCUCGGCAGUGACAAGGAUUAUUUCCAUGAGAAGAUCACAAACCAGUGCUUCAAUAUUGCCCAAGCUUUGCAAAGCAUCACAUCUAAGCCGUUUUCCGCCGUCCCGUUCUCUCUGCUCAUUGAAGGCCUCACCAAGCUGCAGCCUCGCUACUACUCUAUAUCCUCGUCCUCUCUCGUGCAGAAAGACAAGAUUAGUAUCACUGCGGUUGUGGAAUCGGUUCGCUUGCCUGGCGCGUCUCAUAUUGUCAAGGGUGUGACCACGAACUAUCUCCUUGCGCUCAAGCAGAAACAGAAUGGCGAUCCUUCUCCUGAUCCUCACGGACUGACCUACGAAAUUACCGGUCCACGCAACAAGUAUGAUGGUAUACACGUCCCCGUGCAUGUUCGUCACUCGAACUUCAAGCUGCCCUCUGAUCCUUCUCGGCCUGUUAUCAUGGUCGGACCUGGUACUGGCGUUGCUCCUUUCCGUGGAUUCAUUCAGGAACGGGCUGCUUUGGCUGCCAAGGGUGAAAAGGUCGGACCAACAGUUUUGUUCUUUGGCUGCCGCAACCGCAACGAGGAUUUCAUGUACCAGGAUGAAUGGAAGGCUUAUCAAGAACAGCUUGGAGACUCGCUGAAGAUCAUCACUGCAUUUUCUCGCGAGUCUUCGCAGAAGGUGUAUGUUCAGCACCGCCUGAGUGAGCACGCUGAACUUGUAAGCGACCUUCUCAAGCAGAAGGCAACUUUCUAUGUCUGUGGCGAUGCUGCGAACAUGGCGCGUGAAGUCAACCUUGUACUUGGCCAAAUCAUUGCCAAGCAGCGCGGUCUACCGGCUGAGAAGGGUGAGGAGAUGGUCAAACACAUGCGUAGCAGUGGUAGCUACCAGGAGGAUGUGUGGUCAUGAUCCCCUCCAUUGUGCAUAGGAUAUAGUGAUCCUUCUGUUGAUACGACUUCUUUGUUUCGUAUUUCUCAUGUCUAGAUGAUCUUUGCAUAUAAACUUCGCCGCAUUUCUUGGUUUGUUGCUUGGCGUGGUUCAUGUAUGCCUAGUGUUUGAUUCUUCUCCGCGGCAUUAGUUGGUUCAGCAGAGUAAUUUGGUGUGGUGUGUUCUUUACCGAGUUUCGAUCAUCGAUUAU